GCCCAGGGCCGCUCUGCCCUUCCUUCCCGCCGGCCGGGGCUUCUCCACUGCCGCCCUGGGCAGCGGGACCGCUCUCCGGCUGCACUUUCUGACCGCCCUGCGCGGCCCCGAGGGCUGGCCCCGUUUCACCCGUUCCCGUCGCACCUAUGGCACCUGUGGCCAGCAGCCCUGCCCCUGCAAGUGCCAGACCAGCAUGGAGACAGAAGGAUCAGCCUCACACUCAAAAGCAGUUUGUCUUUGAAAAGCCAUCAGAGGUGGAGCGCAGAGUUCCUGAGGCAGGUGUGAUAGACAAGCCUGGUGUGUACGAGCUCAGCAAGGGACCAACUGGUAUUUCUAGAAUUCGUUUGGUUCCUGACUUCAUUGACUCAGAACAAGCAGACUGGAUGUUUGAGCAGCUCCUCCAAGACAUACCCUGGGGUCAGCGAACUCACAUCAGACAGGAAGUAUCUUUUGAGGAACCACGUCUUACAUCCUGGUAUGGGGAACUUCCUUACACGUACUCCAGGAUAACAAUGCAGCCAAAUCCAAAUUGGCAUCCUCUGCUGACCAUGCUGAAGGAGCGCAUUGAGGAGUUCACAGGCCACACCUUCAACUCUCUUCUCUGCAACCUCUACCGAAACGAGAAGGACAGCGUGGACUGGCACAGCGACGACGAGGCAUCGCUGGGAAAACAUCCCGUCAUUGCCUCACUCAGCUUUGGGGCUACUCGGACCUUUGAGAUGAGGAAAAAGCCUUCCCCUGAAGAGGAUGGAGACUAUACUUACGUAGAAAGACUUAAAAUCCCACUUGAUCACGGGACUCUGUUGGUGAUGGAAGGAGCCACCCAGGAGGAUUGGCAGCAUCGAGUGCCUAAGGAGUAUCAUUCUAGAGAUGAACGGAUAAACUUGACAUUUAGGAUCAUUUAUCCAGAACCUGAUGGAGUUUGGAAGUAAAGAGCCACUUUGGACAUUGUUGGAUAUACACCCACAGCAGAUCUAGAGCCUUAGAUUGCUGCAGAUUUAAAGGAAGCCUUACAGGAACAGAGUUCCUUGAAGUCGUGGGGAAAAGAGUUGAUAUUCUGAAGAUCCGUGGCAAUCAGAAGCUGCCUGUGUUAUGUGGACAGAAAUGAAAUGUUAUUAGAUGAUGUUAAAUCACAGGCUUUGAGUUCAUGAACAGUGUUUAUUCUUAAAAAAGCACAAAGCACGUGAAAGAUUUGAGAGGUCCCAAUUGGAGCAGACAGAUUCAGUGAGCAGAUAGUUCACACCUUGUCUUGUCUCUCCUUUAUUCCCAAGUUGUGAUCUCUGUUGGAAGUAAUGACAAGAUGGGAUUCUUUGUGUAAAGCCACCUCUAUGUGUCUGUACAGAAAUGAGAAAGCUGCACUUGGUGGUGGUCUCUUGGUAUUACUCAUUUCACCAAAGGGUGGUGCACGGCUUUUUAUCUGAAGGUUGCAGAGUCUUUUCCAAUUAAGCAAUCAGUUUCAUAACUUAAAUAACUCUUGAAUUGUACUGGUGUCUAGUGGAACAGAGAGUCAAGGCUCUUGUCUGCCAUGCACUCUGUGGUCAGACUUUGUCUAUCCAUGUAGACAAAGGCAAACUGUUAACUGUUUAUCCAUCUAGACAAGACAAGGCAAAAGCAAGCAACAGAGA